CGAGCCGACAGAGAGGCUCAGUGGCGGCGGCGUUUCCUGGGCCGGCGGAGGUGGAAGGGGGGAGCCGUGGCGGUCUCCUGCGGUAGCGGCAGACUCUCUGUGGCCCGCCUUCCCCUGCCCUUCCCUUCCCUUCCCUUCCCUUCCCUGCAGUAUGGCUUCCACAGGAGAACAAAGCAAAUUUUCCCAAACAUUGAAUGGAACUCCUGCUUCAAGCACAGCCAUUGGUGGGAUGGAUCCCUUUCACGCUUGUAGUAUUCUCCAACAGCUCAAAAUGAUGUAUGAUGAAGGGCAGCUGACAGAUAUUGUGGUGCAAGUGGAUCAUGGGAAAACAUUUUCCUGUCAUCGGAAUGUCCUUGCUGCAAUCAGUCCUUACUUUAGAUCUAUGUUCACUAGUGGCCUUACCGAGAGUACCCAGAAAGAGGUUCGGAUUGUUGGUGUUGAAGCCGAGUCCAUGCAUUUAGUACUGAACUAUGCAUAUACCUCCAGAGUAACACUGACAGAGGCCAAUGUCCAAGCUUUGUUCACUGCAGCUAGUAUCUUCCAGAUCCCUUCUGUUCAGGAUCAGUGUGCUAAAUACAUGAUCAGUCAUUUGGACCCACAGAACUCCAUUGGGGUGUUUAUUUUUGCUGAUCACUAUGGACAUCAGGAAUUGAAAAUCAGAUCACAGGAUUACAUUCGUAAAAAGUUCCUGAGUGUCACCAAAGAACAAGAGUUUCUCCAAUUGAAGAAAGACCAACUUGUAAACAUACUGGACAGCAACGAUUUAAAUGUUGACAAAGAAGAACACGUCUAUGAGAGCAUUGUAAGAUGGUUUGAGCAUGAGCCCAGUAAAAGAGAAGGCCAUUUGCCAGAAAUUUUUGCCAAAUGCAUCCGUGUGCCGCUACUGGAUGAAGCAUUCAUAGAGAAAAUUCCUCCCAUGUUUGCACAGGCUGUAGCCCAAAACUGUGUACAGAAAGGACAGAGUAGUGCCAAUGGCUAUACGCAGAGGCUUGGAAUGACUGCUUCAGAAAUGAUCAUCUGCUUUGAUGCUGCCCACAGACACUCAGGAAAGAAACAAACAGUGCCUUGUUUAGACUCCAUUACAGGGAGAGUGUUCAAACUAUGCAAACCACCUAAUGAUUUGAGGGAAGUGGGGAUUCUCGUCUCACCUGACAAUGACAUUUAUAUUGCUGGAGGGUACAGACCAAGCAGCAGUGAGGUUUCCAUAGACCACAAAGCAGAAAGUGAUUUUUGGAUGUACGAUCCUUCCGGCAAUAGAUGGAUCCCUAAAGCUCCGCUGCUUCGUGCCAGGAUAGGCUGCAGACUGGUUCAUUGCUGCGGUAAACUCUACGCAAUAGGUGGUCGGGUUUAUGAAGGAGAUGGGCGCAACUCCCUGAAAUCUGUGGAAUGUUAUGACGGUCAAGAGAACUGCUGGACAGCUGUCUGUCCAAUGCCUGUAGCAAUGGAAUUUCAUAAUGCUGUGGAAUAUAAAGAGAAUAUCUAUGUUUUACAGGGAGAAUUCUUCCUCUGCUAUGAUCCUCAAAAAGAUUAUUGGGGUUUCUUAACUCCUAUGACUGUGCCUAGGAUCCAGGGUUUGGCAGCUGUCUACAAUAACUCUAUCUACUACAUUGCUGGAACCUGUGAAAACCAUCAACGUAUGUUUACUAUAGAAGCUUAUGAUAUUGAAUUGAACAAAUGGACUCGAAAGAAGGACUUCCCAUGUGAUCAGUCCAUUAAUCCAUAUAUUAAACUUGUUGUCCUGAAAAAUAAACUUCAUUUGUUUGUUCGAGCUACUCAAGUCACAGUUGAAGAACAUGUCUUCAGAACCAGCAGGAAAAAUUCUCUUUAUCAGUAUGAUGAAGCUAAUGACCAGUGGCAGAAAGUGUAUGAAACUCCAGAUAAGCUUUGGGAUCUUGGACGUCAUUUUGAAUGUGUUGUUGCUAAAUUGUAUCCACAGUGUCUUCAGAAAGUUAUUUGACUUCUCUCCCUUCUCCCUUUCAUUGGUAAAAGGCCGCAGUGACUUUGGUGUUCUGUGCUACCAGAAACAUCUGUUUUUAAGAAAAAUGGAUUCAAUUCUGUCAGUAUUUAAUGUGGGCUGAAAUUGACGGCUUUUAGUUUUUUUAUAUAUACAUGGGAAUGGGUGCUCUUUAAAGGUUGCAGUGGGGAGAGGGAAUUAGUCGUUUAGGUUCGUAAUGGAUAUUUUCCUGCAGAGUAUGGAAUGGGUUACAAAGUGCAAUUAUCAACAUUUUCUCAUUUGAUCAUAUUCUAGAAUGACAGUUUGACUAAAAGCAAGAGUAGGUAGAUUGGGUAACUAUGCACUACGGAGUGAACAAAUUGAACAUGAAUAGGCAAGGUGAAGAGAGCAAGCUUGAUGUGACUUCUUAUUUAAAAUACGGGUAAAAUGUGAGGCAAUAUCAAUGGUUUGAUAUUUUUGGUUCAGUGACGGUAAAUAAACACAAACCCAGCUCUCUUCUAUUUGUUGAAAUGGUACUGAAAUAUUUUAAGUUUAUACAUUGUAGUAAGUUGCAUGUGAAAGUUUAGGCACACCUGGUCAAAUUAUGUAUUUCAGUGAAUCCAUAAGUGAACAAAAGGUGACACAAUUUCUACAUAGUACAAAACCCACAACAUCUUUCUGCAAAUUUGAAUGUAUAAUUACUAUUUAUGUGCAGUUGUUUACAGAUUCAAAAUAAGAUUAUUGUCAAUAC